AUGGAAACGAAAACUUUAUUAUUUAUUGGAUAUGGUGCUGGGAUGUCUGAUCCGAAUUUUUCGAACUUAUUACAAUGGAAAUUUCGAGUAGCAGGUCACAAGUCAUUUCCAAUCUAUAAAAUUGUUAAAUCAAAUAAAGAUAAAAUAUCAUAUCAAGCCUUGGAUGUUUCGUUUUUAGAAAAUAUCAGAGAACUUCAUUAUGGUGAGAGCCAUGCAGAUUUAUUAAAAUUCAUUAAAAGUUUGAAAUCAUUUACUCCACUACUAUAUGAAAGUUUAUCAAUCACAGAAGAAAAAGAAACUAUUCGUAAAAAAUAUCUGAAUUUUCUUACUAAAGAACAUGGAUAUGUAUCAAUAUUUGGAUAUGCUAAAGCGAAUAUUAGUUUACCUUUAGAAAGUGUUUAUGUCGAAUUAAAAUUUGAUCCAACACAUCCAUCUAUUAAAGCAAUGAAAGUCCUUGAAGUUUCUGAAGAAUUUAAGCGAAAACUUUUAUUUCAUGGAUUUUUUGAUGAAAACGAAACUAAGAAAAUAUUUAGAGCUAUCAUGGAAGCAAACGCGUAUAACCCUCAAAAUAUUUAUCGAGAUUUUAUGAUGAAUCAAUGGUUGAAUGUGUUUUUAAGUAAUAGGAAAAUAUUUACUGAAGACGAUGCUGUUUCGAUUAAAAAUAAAAUCAGUCAAUUAAAACAUAGUAUUUUGGAAAAAUCUAAUGUUAAAGAAGCAAAACAAUAUCAUGUACAACAAGCUUACAACGAAUUUAGACAUUUUAUAAUCUUGGGUCAUCCUGGUUCAGGUAAAACUACUUUAUCGAAAUGGUUGGUAAUCAAUAUGGCAAAGCAAUGUUUAGGAGAGAAAAAUAUGUUAUUUGACAGUAGCUGUUCUACUGAACAAAAACUACCAAUCCUUAUACCAAUAUGGAAAUAUGUUGAUCAAUUAAAAGAAAAUCAAAAUGAACAGAAAAAGACUUUGCUUCAAUUCAUCUAUGAAAAUCCUGCUUUGGAUUCAAAUUAUUUUACCGAUGAAGAACGAAAAGUAUUAUCAUCUUUGAUUAUACAAUCAUUGGCACAAGGCAAUGUUCUAGUUAUUUUCGAGGGAUUAGACGAAGUUCCUGUUCAUAUAGAUCGAUCUGGUUUAAUGAAAGAAAUCAACGAUUUAUUAGAACGAGGAAUAGAUUAUGAUGCAAAACUUGGCAAACUUUCUUAUUCAAUUUAUGAACGAAAAGAAAUAAAUAGUACUCAAGAUCCUACUAUUGGCAAUAGAUUUAUUAUUACAAGCCGUAUUGAAGGAAAUUAUUUCGAACAAAUCAAUUAUUAUAUACCUAGAUUAACAAUUGAGGACAUGUCUAAUGAAGCUCUCAAAUUAUUUUGUAAUUCCUACAUGGAAUGUAUCAAGGAAAAUUCUAUCAAAAGUGGAAGACAUAUGAAGGAAUACAAAACUGAUCAAUUAUAUAAUGAUAUUACGAAAAAUAAAGAUAUUUUUCAAUUAGCAAUUAAUCCACAACUGGCUAGUGUAAUUGCUGCUAUUUACAAUCAGUACGAAGAUAAAUUACCCGAAAAAAGAAUUGAUUUAUACGAAAAAGCAAUAGAAAAGAUGAUUGAACGCUUGAUAAACUCUUCCAGUAGUUCUCCGACAAACUAUCUAAAUAAAGAACUUGGACUCAAUGGCACUAUAUUAUGGUCAAUAAUGCAAGAAAUAGCUGAAUAUCUACAUAGUAAAGUGGAAGCCCUUUAUGGUGGAUAUAAAAAUUACAAUACUCCAACAAGUAUUCAAGAAUAUUUCGAAAUUGGCCAAUUUCUUAGCUUAAGUGACAAUGAAAGGUCACCGUUCAUCUUUUAUUAUCAAGAAGUAUGGGAUCGAGAUGAUCCGGCUUACAGCAUGGCUGUGCAUCUUGACACAGCUGUACCUAAAUAUCGUUGGAGUGAAAAACCAAUAUUGGACAAGAAUGAAAUCUACAAAGAAUCAUAUCUAACAACAAAAAUUCUCGAAUUACUAGCUGAAGAAAAAUCCGCAACAGACUUCAUAGAAGAUUUGAGAAAGCAAAUAAAUAGUCAACAAUCGUCUACUGCUGAAAAAAUAGAUACAUCGAUUGCACUAAUGGCUUUAGGAGAUUUUGAUACUAUAAAUACUAUUAUAAACGAAAGAGAAGAAACAUUUAUAAAAAAGUUUGGAAAUAGAGUAGAACAAUUGAUUUGCAGCUUAAAAGAUUCGAUUGCAAGAUGUUCUUCACAAGUCUCAAACUAUUUGCUUGCAGCUUAUAAUACUAUGAAAGCAAAACAAUUGAAAUACAGUAUUAGUUUUUCCGAUUAUUGUAAAAUAUAUUUAUCUUUAGUAGCCAAUGGUGGAGGCUUACCUAUCGACACUACGAAACUAGCUGAAGUAAUGGAUAAUGCUGAACAUAAAUAUACUCUAUAUGCAGAAUAUUUUGCCUUUAAAUUUACUGGUGCUGAUGAUGAUAAGCGAUAUAAUGUUGCUGUUAUAUUAGAUAAUAUGGAAACAAACGAAACUGGUGAAAUUAUAAAGUCCUUCUUAGAAAUUAGUGAUUCUGUUCAGGUCUAUAGACCAGUUCGAUCAUACUUAUGGCCUACAGAUAUAUUUAUUUUCAAAUCGAAUAAAGAUGAUGAACUACCGAUAGCAUUUCUUAAUUGUUUGGAGAAUAUCCAUACUAAUAUUACGUUUGUAGUAAAUGGUAUAUCUGAUUAUUUUUUUAAGAAAGGAUAUUUCGAGAAAAACCCCGAUUUGAUUACAUUAGUAGUGUUAUUAAACUUCGGCACUAUGUCAAAAGACGCCGACUAUCGUGAACUUUGUAAUCGUUUACUUCCUGAGUUGACGGAUAAGAUCAACAUUAAAGAAUUUUUACUGCAAAAAAUUCAAUCAAUCACUAACAUCUAUUAUAGAUCGAGAGCAUUAAGUCAACUAGCACAAUUCUAUGAUGAGAAAAGUUAUGAACUUUUGAAUGAAUCUUUCAAACUUACAAAAGCUAUUCAAGAACCAAGCUUUAAAUUUCAAGUUUUGGAAAAGAUUUUUAGUAUUACUCAUUACAAGGAAGUUAAACAGAAGUCAUUUAUCAAGGAAAUCGUUGACGAGCUAGUUUUAUCAUUUGACAGUAUUCUCGAUCAUUAUGAUCGAGUUAUUGCAUCGAUAAGAUUAUCGUUUUAUGGAUCUGGAGAUUUCCGAAAAAAAUAUCUGGCGAAUGCUAUAGAAACACUUGGUAAGAUGGAUGAAGAUGAAGAGCAAAUGAAAUUAAUAAUAAAAUUAAAACCAUUAAUUGCUGUUUAUGAUGAUCUUCAAACUGGCUUGAAUAGAAUUAUAGACAAUCUGAAAAACAAAAUAUCUAAAUAUUAUAUUGAUUCUUAUUAUGGACAAAUAUUGUUUACUGAAAAGUUAGAUGUUGAUAUUUCCAACUCAAUUUCGGUCAUGAGUACAAAUGUAGAAAAUGACAUUAAGAAAGAGCAAAAUGACGAUUUACUAGCAUGUAACGACAACGAUAACAAAAAAACUGAUGAUCUUCCAGAAUGCAAAGUAACUGAUAGCAAACAAAAUGAUGGCUUCCUAGAAUGCAACCAUAGUGAUAGCAAGAAAGAUGACAAUCUUUUUGAAUCCUACGAAAAUUAUGAUAGACAAAAUGUAGAUGAUUUCAAUUAUACUAAUAUUCAAGCUCUAUUUAUGCUCUUCGCACAACUUAAUGAUAUUCAAUUAGCACUUGGCAAAACAAACAGUUUAAAUCAGUUGUGGAUUAAUCUUUAUAAAGGUACCAAUAAUCAAUCGAAUAUUGAACGUUUACUAAAAGUAGCUUUAGAUAGUGAAUUAUUUUUGACACCACAAGUAGCAAUUAUUAUUGAUGAAUUAGUAAGAAAAGGACAAGAAGAUAGAAUAUCACUUCUUUUUCCAUACAUAAUAAAACCAUCAAAUGAAGUGUUACCGAUUGUUCAUAGAUGGUUCACUGAUUAUAGUAACAGUCAAAUAAAAAAGUUAGCAGCUCUUUUACUUACAGAAGCAAAAUUUAUUUUGCAAACCGUUUGUGGCUCGACAAAUACAAAUGAUGAAGCAUAUUUUCAACUUCUUGAUUCCAAAGUUAUUAGUGAACUAACAGUCAAAAUUGAAAGUCUUUCACAACGUAAUUAUGAAUAUAUAAAACGUAUUAGUAUCUGUACUUUUUGGACUUCAACAAACAAUUCAAAUCGCGAAAUAUUAAACCUGUUAGAUGAUUUUCAAAUAACCAUCGAAAUAAUGGAAAGUUUAAUUAAAUGGUUACUACAAACAAUGAACAAUUUCAAGGGUUUUGAUGAUACAAUAUUUUCAGCAGGUCUGUGUGAAAAAUUAUUAUCCUUGGUUGCUGCGUGUGCUCAAAAGGAGGAUUAUUUAUAUCGAAAAGUUACCAAUGCUCAAGAUUUUCAUAAAGCUCAAAUGAUCAAACUUCUAGAAAAAAUGCUCAAUAAUCAUCCGUAUUUUAUGGCGAGAGGUAGUGCCUUCGUUUUGUUGUCAGCAAUGGAUAAUUCCGAUCAAAAAGUAACCAUAAAUGCCAUGAAUGCAUUAUUUGACGAAAACGUCGUGAAAGAAUAUUCUGUAAUUGGAAUUCCUCUUAUACACUUAUCACCAAAUGAAUUUAUUGAUGAUUUAUUAAAAUCUUUGAAUAACGAAAGUGCCAUAAAAGCUUAUGAAAUACUAAAAAUUUUGACACAAUAUGCUUUGAAUGAAAAAAUUGAUGCGCACACUAAAUCAAAAAUAAUGAAUUAUUUAGCAAAAGAAAUUGGAGAAUUAAAAUCAAAGAAGCCAAUUAAUUAUUAUUAUACAGAUAUUAAAAUUCCGUUUACAACAACAUUGGAAAAUGAAUUGUACAAAACAUGGAUUAAAAUACAAGGACUCUCUGGCAAAGCACAAUAUUACGCUACGGUUGAAGCAUCAAAAGAAUAA